AAAUCUUAGGACAUUUGUCAUUUUUCAUAUUAUUUCUCAGGACACAAGUAGAGGGACAAGUGGUAACCCUAAUUACAGUUACAGAUAUCCCAUCUUAAAGAAGCGUGUUUGAGAACUAAUGUAGAUUUGUCUUGUGUAGGGGAGAAGGGGUUAAAGUGAAGAGCUGGGGGUUGGGUAAACAAGCCACCAAAGUCAGGCAGCAGUGCUUAGUUUCUGGCAUCAUUGUCUGUUGAGAGAAUUAGAUGAGUGGUGCUCUUCCUGAACCAUGGCAUUUGUUCCAGAGUUACAUAUUGUCCCUCUGCUGCUUGUGCUGCUUUUCCACGGCUGGGGAACGACUGCCAACUGCGGACCCUGUGACUUGCUGAUAUGCGGAGCUCCCGAAGCAUGUCGAGUACCCGAAAUGGUCACCACAGAUGAGUGCGGCUGCUGCCCGCAGUGCCUGGGUGUGGAAGGGGAGAGCUGUGGUGGCAUGGGCUGGGGCCACAGGCGUUGCGCCUCCGGACUGGUCUGUGUGAGUAGGCGGCAUAGCGAGAAUGAUAAUACUGUAGCACCGGGAGACCCGUCCAUACAGCUUGGCACUGGAGAGUGCAUCUGUAAAGAGGAGGGCGCUGUGUGCGGGUCUGAUGGACACUCCUACCCCAGUAUCUGUGCCCUGCACCUACGAAGUUGGCUAGCAUUACACGAGGCAGGGCGAGGCGGACACGAGCAGCGAGUUCACAAGCUACACGAUGGUGAAUGCAAGUUUGCACCUAUAAUUAUAUCUGCCUCCAAAAUGGCCCAAAAUGUGACUGGAGGACGAAUAUACCUGUCCUGUGAAGUGAAAGCUGUUCCAACACCAGUUUUGAGCUGGAGAAAGAUUAUAGAAUCCCCCAAAGGAAUUCAACUUCUUGAAGAGCUUCCUGGUGAUAGGACUAAUAUAGCAGUUCAAGUACGAGGUGGUCCUUCUAAACAUGAAAGCACAGGCUGGCUUUUGAUAAACCUGCUAACAAAAGAAGAUGAAGGCGUGUACCAAUGCCAUGCUACCAACAUACUGGGUGAAGCUUCUGCAGAAGGCAUAGUUAAAGUUACCAGGAAAUUAUGAGCUGAUGGCUUGAUCCAUAAUACAUAAAUUGAAACUACACAAGUGAGAACCUAUAGCACAAAUAUUGCGCCAGGACUGUUAUUUUUGGCAGUUUUGAAUGACCUUUAACUGUCUUUUCAAUACAAUCAAUUUGUAAGAUUCAAAAAUACUUUGUUGUAUUUUCCUAAGUAGAUAAAUUUGAGAAAAAAUCUGUAGACUGAGUGCUAGCCUAAUUUAUGUAUGUUUUAGAUUAAAAUGAAACCUUUCAGUAAAUAAGUACUGUAUUACAUUUGCCAGCUGUUACAUAUUUUAUAAUGAUACAAUUUUUAUAGUAUUGAUAGAUAUUUGUACUUGUUUAAUAACAUGUGUUUUUUACUGUCAAGUCCAGCAGCAUAUAUUUCAUUUUUUUAAAUAAAUAGUCCCGUGGCAAUGGCUUAAUGGGAAAGAUAAUGUAAUGUCUGGAGUAAAAUGCAUAGUGCACUAAAAAGUGGAUUACAUUGACCAUAUCAAUAAAAGUAUUAAUAAUGCUUUUGGGAA